AUAUGAUCUUUUUCUCAUAUCAAUAGUCCCCAUUUUCCAAGAUGGUAACAACCAGUGCAGAUAACAAUAAUGAAGCCACAACUCAAACGACAUCAAACCCCAAAUACGACAGACAAAUCGAGCUCAAAGCUUUCGACGAAACAAAAGCUGGUGUCAAAGGCCUUGUUGAUUCUGGAAUCACUGAGAUUCCCAGGAUUUUCCACCGCCCAAAUGAUCAUCAUUACGAAGACAGUAGCCAAGUGAGUAGUACAACUGCUAGUGUUCCUGUGAUAGACCUUCAAGGGGUUGUUAAUGGAGACAAAGCCAAACGAGAGGAGAUCAUUAAGAGAGUUGGAGAAGCUUCAGAGUCAUGGGGGUUCUUUCAAAUCAUCAACCAUGGAAUCCCAGAUAGGGUUUUGGAGGAGAUCAAAGAUGGGGUUCGUGGAUUUUACGAGCAAGAUGUUGAGGUUAAGAAGGAGUAUUAUACAAGAGAUAUAUCGAAGCCAUUUGUGUAUAACAGCAACUUUGAUCUGUAUGUUAGUCCUUGUGUGAAUUGGAGAGAUUCGUUUAUGAGUUCUGUGGCUCCUGAUCCUCCAAGUCCUCAAGAUUUGCCCCCAGUCUGCAGAGACAUUCUUUUUGAGUACUCAAAGCAAAUGAUGAAACUUGGGAUUGUGCUAUUGGAGUUGUUAUCAGAGGCUCUAGGGCUUGAUCCAAAUCACUUGAGCAGCAUAGGUUGUGCAGAAGGUCUAUACAUUUUAGGCCAUUACUACCCUCCAUGCCCACAACCUGAGCUAACUAUGGGCACAACUAAACACUCUGACAAUGACUUCAUCACACUGCUUCUCCAAGACCACAUUGGAGGUCUCCAAAUUCUAAACCACAACAAGUGGAUUGAUGUACCACCUCUUCCUGGGGCUCUAGUCAUCAACAUUGGUGAUAUUUUGCAGCUUAUAUCAAACGACAGAUUCAAAAGUGUUGAGCAUAGAGUACUGGCAAGUAAGAAAGGUCCAAGAAUAUCCGUGGCAAGUUUUUUUAGUACUCGUAUUUUGCAAACUUCAAAGAUCUUUGGACCCAUCAAAGAAUUGUUAUCAGAAAACAAUCCUCCAAAAUACAGGGAAACCACUUUAACGGAAUACAAUAUGUUUUUCUUCAAUAAAGGUCUUGAUGGGACCAAAGCAUUGGAUCAUUUUAAGCUUUGAAUUGAAGUAGAGGAUUAUAGUAGUUUGAUGAGGAUUGCUUUCAAAAUUAAAUAAAUUUCAUAUCUAUUUAGUUAUUUAUUAAAUUGUACUGAACAAAAUUCGGAUGUUAUUUUGUAUUUUAUACAUAAUUUGGUGGAUUAUGUAUUGCAUAAAGAGAUAUCUUCCCUGUGUAUAUAUAAAGGAGAAUUUUCCUAUAGAGGCUUCACUUUAAGCCCUAUCGAUGGAGCUCUCAGUGGUCUCGACCUUUGAACAGUUUUCGAUGCGAUUUAUUUUUAUGACCGUGUAUAUUAUAGCUAUUUAGAGCAUCAACGGAAUUUUCAGAAAAUUCCGAAUAGUUUAUAGUACCUAAAACUUGGUUCAAGCAUGUUGUUGCACGCGUGACUAAUUUUUUUCAUGCGCGUGGAAAGCAAUAUGUUUGAACCUAGUUUUCGAUACUGUAAACUAUUCGGAAUUUUUUGAAAAUUUGUAGUAUGUUCUAAAUAGCUACAAUAUACACGAUCAUAAAAAAAAUCGCGCCAAAAACUGUUCACAGGUUGAGAAACACUGAGAGCCCUACCAAUAAAGGUUAAAGUGAAACCCUAUAAAAAAAUUGUCGAAUAUAUAUAUAUGUUGCUUCUUCUUUCUUUA